AGUGCAGGAAGACGGUGUCCAUGAUGACAACUUUAAAAUACCAACACUAAUCUGGAGCCUGUUAACACCUGUGGGUCGGAUUUUUAAACGCUCUUCGCUCGGUGUCACGUCGCGUUUCAUCCCCGACCCGAAUGAGCUUUAGCCGGACUGCGGCUAACUAGCCUGCUAGCAUGAACCCGGGCCGCCGCUGCCUUUGUUUACAUCCAGGGCUGGUGACGAUGGGCCCGGAGAGAUGUGUUAGCUAGCCCGUCUACCAGAGCUGUUUCAGGGGCAAGGGGACAUCCUGCAGCGCGGGGGUCGUCCAUCCGAACCGCAGUCACCAGAGGGUGAUGGAAGUGUCCUCCCAGGAUCCAUCUCUCAUAGCAAUGGAUCUGUCAAAGAGCUUCAAGCCCCUGACCCGCAGCCACACUGAAGCCAUGGACCUGGCGAAGAAGCCGGAGUGGUACCACAGACGGCCGCCGAGCUGCAGCGCAGACAUCACCUCCUCAUACAGAUCCAGAGCUGCGUCAUCCUUCAAUCCUCUCUCCACGCAGCCGGGAGCACUCGUCCACUGCAGAGACAUGGAGCCGGGAUCUGAGGCUUUAGGUAACUACAUGAAUUCCACCCUCGCUCCAGGACUCGACCUGUACCACGACAGAGUUCACGGCAACCUGUGGCAUCCGGGUUUUUACGAGCCCGACCAGAGCAGCGGCCCAGUUCCUGAAAGCAGUGGCGGGGAGGAGAGCGACAGUGGCUCCGAUGUUAUUUUCCUUGUCUCCUCUGCCAAGGAGCCACUCUUAUGCGGCCCCUUCAUCCAAGAUGGUGUGAGGCACAUUGUUGAGCCUCUGUCGCCGGCUGCGUCCUCAUUGGAUGAAGGGAGAGGUUGCUAUCACCUACCUCAGCCUUUGAGUUCGCCCAGCCCUGACAGCUCGUACUCAGAAGACUCCUCAGACAGCUCACUCAACAUUCCUGUUCAUCACACCAGGCCCGUCGUCCUCCUCUCAGACCUCAGUGCCGUCUACGGCAAUCCUGCGGAAUCUCCUCUUGAUAUUACUAGUGAUGACAGCGAUGUUAUCGAAGUUUCAGUCUCUAAUGACAAGAAAAAAAGUGGCAACUUUCCUUACAAGAAAAACAUCUCUUGUAAGAAGAGCGCGAUGAGACCAACUCCACCUCAGAGUGAGGAGGAAAAGACUCCUAAAGAAGUACGACGUAGCAACAGGAUCAGAAAGUCUUCGUCUGACAUGCAACAGUUCACUUAUGGUGUGUCUCGACACAGUUUAAGGAGACAGGCCAAAAGCGACGCAGUGGGUAUUUACAAUGAAAAUUGUGAUUCGGAGGAUAUGAUGGAGUUCGCGGUAAGGUCGUCGAGCCCAGAGGCAGACAAAAUGGUGUCACAGCCAAAUGUUUCCCAAAGAGUGAGCAGUAAUUCAGCCGAGUCUGAUAUGGAAGCUCGGACCGAGAGGAAAUCAGCUCCUCGGGCGCCGCAGCCUCGCCUUAAAGCUUCGUACGCAAAAUGCAUCAAGCAAAAGAAGCCACCCGCCAUUCAAACAACAAAAACGUUAAGUAGAACAAAACAGAAGAAAAAACUCAGAAUCUCUCCACAGCAGGACCAAAAGAGCUCAUCCUGCAGGAGUGUGUCAGGAAACAAAAAAACUAUCACCAGACGAAAGAGAAAAAGACAAACUCAGACUGGACCUUCUGCUCUGUUUUCUCCCAGAGAGCCAGAAAUCAUGCUUAAAUAUGCAAAAGUCAAAGGGGAGAAAAAGGACAAGAAGUCGGACAGGUUUUGUCCCUUCGUUCACAUGGCGCUCAGGAUGUGCACGGUUGUCAACUAUCAAGAAGAGGAGGCGACCGUGCGGAGCAGCCGAGGGGGACAGCAGCGGACAGCCACCAUGUCUUUGUCUGGAUCUGUUCCCAGCACUUCCUGUUUCCAGCUGGGUCGGGUCGGCUCAGAGAGCGGGAGUCAGGCCACGUUGUCAUGCAGCCUGUGUGGUCAGACGGCCAACGCCAUGGGGCUCGGGGACCUUCACGGCCCGUACUAUUCCACCACUUCGUCUCUGAAUGGCCAGAGCUGCAGGACUGAGCAGAAAGAGGAAGACGACGCACAUGGACUCGCUAAUAGCCAUUCAGUAAAUUCCUCAGACGGUGGUUGUGAUGGUCACAACCGCUCUCCUGCCAUCAGAUGUUUGCUCGACAGGGACCAUGAGUCGCUCCCAAAGUUGCCUCCUCAUAUGGAUGAGUGCUGGAUCCACGAGGACUGCGGCAUCUGGUCCGCCAGCGUCUUCCUCGUCAGGGGAAAGCUCUACGGGUUGGAGGAGGCAGCCCGGCUCGCACAGGAAGCAGUUUGUUCAUCCUGCCAACAAACCGGUGCAAUAAUGGGCUGUUUCCAGAAGGGCUGUCCCAGAAACUAUCACUACAGAUGUGCCAUUCAGUCAGGCUGCGUCCUCAAUGAAGAGAACUUUUCCAUGAGAUGUACAGAGCACAAGAACAGAGCGUUCACCAGUGUAACCAGACGACACAAGAGAUGACGCCAGGGGCACGCAGGGCACCGGAGGAUCCACAGAUCUCCCCAGGGUGAGACGUGAGCAGCCUGACUGUCCCCUCUGCUGUUUUUUAAACACUAAUUAAAGUGUUGAGUCCAAGCAGAAGGAAAAACCUUCUUGUAAGAGUUCACUCAUCAUGACAGACGGAUCAAACCAGGGGCCACUUGAGUGUUUUCAUGAGAAGUUUCUUUGUGUUUCUCUUCGUUCAUAGGUCUUUAAAUCAGUCAGUUUAACCAACUGGACUGAGCCUAGAUCGUGUGUGUGUGUGUGUGUGUGUGUGCGUGUGUGGGAGUUAAUGUGUGUGUGGGUGUGUGUAUUUAUUCUCGAUGAUGCACUUUUGGACUAGCCAUGUCACAAAUAAUGUGGAUUAUUUGACCAGAAUUAUGAUAUUAUAGUUUAAAUUAACUGGAUUAAUUCAUUGUAUAGAGUAUAAUAUCUUUAUAUAAGGCCACUUCUUUGAUUUCUACUGUUUUUGUACAACUUUUCUAUCACUGUUAGUGCGCCAGUCAUCACAUAAACAUAACAUCAUUGAUAAUCAUGGAGAUGCAUGCACAGUUGAUGUUUGCCACAAGCACUUUAAAGUAUGAUUUUACUUUUUUUUUUACUUUCUAUUUGUUGACAUUGCUCUUCCUUUUCUACUCUAAUUAUUUAAAUUAAACAGAAAGCUGAACUAAGCUAAAUUUAUAUAUAAUAACUUUAGAUUUCUGUCUAAAUCACAAAGUAGGGCUGCAAAAGAAAACAAUCCAAUCACUAACUGAGACCACAAACUGUUAAUUCAACAUUUCCAAGCGGAUUUAUUUUUGGUGUCAGGUUUCAGGUUCUCCUCAGUGAACAAGAUGUGGAAACUUAAAACCAACAAACUGCCUGUUUUUUUUUGUGGCAGAGCUGCUGAAGUUUUCUCUCAUGUCAUGUUUGAAAAUUUUAAAGUUUUAAGAGGUAAAAUAAUUUUUCCUUUUAUGUAAGAAACUAAAGUCAAGGCCAUUUUCUCUGAUUGGUAAUUAUUGUAAAUUUAAUAUUUAAAUUGUUUUAGACUUAAUUGAGAAGAUGAAAACCGACAUAUUAAUCUGUAAUGUUUAAGCCAUGUUGGUUUCGUUGCAUAGAUCUUGUCAUCACCAGUCACACAUUCAAACUAGCUUCAGGUUCCCGUAAUACACAGAAAGUGUAAUAUAGCUGUGGACUUUAUCCUGUAUUUGUUAACAAUUUGUCAUUUAGCUACUUUACAAUUAUACUGAAGUACCAGUGGACGUACAGAAAACUGUCACUGAAUUUAUUUGAUAGCGAAGAAACGGGACCAAAAAUAAAUCUGCUUGAAAUAUUAUUUUCUAUGAUUCCGAAACAGCUUUGUGGAUGCUUCUGAAAUGGACUGUGGCAAGUGCAAUCAGGCUAAAACAAACAUGUGAUUUUCUUUAGGUUGAAUAUGUUACACUGGAUGAUCCUCAGCAAAUAAAACUAUGACUAACAUCAACUGUAUUUAAAGAUGGACAACGUGAUGCCUCCCAAAAAUAAUGCUAGAGCGAGGGUGAUAACGUUUUGAUUGACUGCUGGGACUGACUUGUGAUUGGUCCAGCGCAUGUGACUCCAAGUUCACACGACCACAUCUUCAUUCCCUGAUCGCUGCUCUGCAGGCUCUGGCUCCAAAUGAUGGUAGCCGUCAUAUCUGGGAUAUUUUGGAUGAAGUGGAGAUGCAUUGUCCAUCUUUAUUUAGAGUCUAUGAUGAUGAAUUACAUAACCUGGUCAUGUAAAACUGGAGUAAAGUGAAAAAUAUGGAUUUGUGAUUUGCGUGAAUUGGCUCUUUAAUAUAUUUCUAACUUUUAGUUGCCAUGUGGAUCUGAGGUCACAGUAUGUAGCUUCAACUGUCCAUCCUCUGUUUGAUCUGUUGUAUUUCAGUUUCCGUAAAUCAUGACUGGACGGACAUGACAGAUGAUAAACAGACACUAACCGUUUAAAAAAAAAGAAAGAUGUUAAGUAAAUUGUGAGAGUUUGUUUCAUGCCUGCACUUUAUAUUGUUUGAGGAGUUAUUAUUUAAUAAAAGUCAUUGAAAUUGA